AUGUCAACGUCUUCAGGAUCUGAGCCAAAGGUAUCCCAGGGACUGACAGUCUCAGGGGCCUCCACAAGCAAGAAUAAGGCUUGGCGCUCCCUUUUUGGAGCCUCCAAAGUCAUCACUCCAGAGGCUCAUGUAGCAGCCUUGCAGCAUGCCAUUGAAACAGCCCUGGCACCGACGACCAGUAACAUGGCAAUGGACUCUCAGCAUGCUGCUUAUAUACGGGGCCUGUGUGACCCCGAAAAAACCUCGAAAGCAGUGUCUCAGCUACAGGAGUUUGGACAUGUGGCAGCAAUCCUCAAUGAUCUGCCUGUCCAAAUAGCUGAGGGGAUCUUGACUCUGUCACAGACUGAAGCCAUUCUGCAAGCUGGCCGUAAGAAAUAUUUUGACUGGGUCAAUACUCAGAUGCCAGACACCCUGUCUUCCGAAGCUCAGACGCUUUUUCGGCAGGGAGAAAUUGCCAAAGGGCUAACUUGUCUAGGUUCCAACACUGAGGUCAUGACUAAUAUCGUGAACCUCAUCCCUAACCCAAACAAUAUUAAAAAACCUUUGUACUACAUCUCUACAAUUGAUCGAGUGGAACAGGCAAUAGGCUUAUUCUAUGCAGCUGACACGUUCACUCAGGCCAAGUCUCCCUCUACAAGCAGUAUAGCAAAUGAUUGGCAUAGCCUGCCAAAAACUGGACAUUCAUACAUUGCAGCAGUGUUGAACCGAGGGUUGGUUUUUGAGAGAAGCUUCACACCCUUGCCUUCUGAGGUGGCCAGUUUGGUGGAGCAUAUUGGUCAAGAAGGCACGAACUUCGUCGGGGACGAAGUUCGCGAGGUACGAAGCUCGGGACGUCGGGUUGAACGAAGUUCUGCGUUGACGAAGUUAGGGAAGGACGAAGUACUUAAGGGCCGAAGUUCCCAGAGAUCUUUGACGAUCUCUGGUUGUUGUCUUAGUGAUAGAAUGAUUUCUUUACUUGGAGAACGCAUCCACCAAGAGGUGGGUGUGGAACUCUUGAAAACCAGUCAAGAAUUUUCAGAUUAUGAAAAGAUGACAAGUGGUGCUGCCCCACAGAAGCAGCCAUCACAAGCUUUGACUUCAGCAUCAGUGGUAUCUCAUAGCAGACAGACAAGCAUCACAUCUUUCAUGGAGCAACUCAAGACUGUCAACGCCACCGUUAGAGCUGAGGGCAAGAGCAAAAAGAGGCAGAAGGAAAAUACCAACACCAGACCAGAACUCACCCGUGAUCUGCAGCGCCACAUUGAACUGUUGGCAUCUUGGAACUGCACAAGUGGAUGGGAGGAAGGUACAGAUCAAAGCAAGAAGGCUUUGAGUAGGUCCAAACAAACCGACAUGUACCCUAAACCCGCUCAAUCAACAGGGUUUGAGGUUUGGAGGGGCAAUGAAACAUAUGAGGAGAGUAUGCUCGAAGGGUCCCGAAGUGUUGUGAGGAGUAGUAUAGAUAGUUUACAGAUCGCUGAACUUCUUCAGCGAUCCUUGAUUGUUUUAGCGGAGGUUUGUCGACCGUUGGUCAGUAGAAGAGAAGAAAAGACGUUUGUGGCAGCUGAGGUGGCCGGAGCAGCAGAAGGACAACGACUUCAGGUGCCGUGGGCCGGAGGAGAAGGCGCCACGGGAGAGGACGGACGAGAGGCCGAAUGGCGGCGGCAGGACGACACAGGAGCAGGCGGGGGACGCGAUGGGCCGGCCACAGGAGCGAAGGGCGACGGCGAGGGCGGUGAUGAGCGGGAGGCCGGCAAAGUAUGGCGAACCGACCGGAGAGACAAAGGUGGUACCUGCGAACGGGGGACAGACGUUGGAGUCUGGGGAGGGGGGAAAGGCAAAGAGACGGAGGGACGGGGCAGGAUGUCCCGAGCAGCGGAGACGGGACAGAAGGGGCAGGGACCAGAUGUGCAUGAAGCACAACGGAGAGCCUUGUUGUGGCCAGUUUGGGCGAUUAUCCGUGAUAAUCUCACGUCUACUACUCAGCAAGGAGAACUUUGGCGUAGUAUGAAUAGGUGGACUCACCGGCAACGAUCGCACGCUUCAUCAACACCAACCGCGACCCAACGUCCAGGCUCAGACUCCAUCUUCUCCCACAAGUACUCUUCCUCCCGCAAUGACCUCUUCACCCGUUUGGGCGAAGGCUCCCCUCGGGGAGAAGGGAGGGGAGCAGGAGGAGCGGCGGCAGCAGGGCGGCGGGCAACAGCAGCAGCGGCGGCGGCGGGGGGGAAAACCCCGGAAGAAGAAGAAGAAGAAGAAGAAGAAGAAGAAGAAGAAGAAGAAGAAGAAGAAGAAGAAGAGGAAGAGGAGGAGAGAGAACGAGGUCGUUUCUGGCCCACGAUCUGGGCGGGGGGAGGAACGGGAACGGCUACGGGACGAAAGGCAGGCGUCCUACGGCAAGGGGUGGAGGCAGGCGUCCUACGGCAAGGGGUGGAGGCAGGGGGGCUCCCUCUGGGAGGACCAGGCGCGGGGGAGGGAGAACCAGACGCGGAGGAGGGAGAACCGGCGGGAGGAGAAGCAGAGCAAGGAGGCGAGGCUGCGCCAGACGGUUCCCCCAGAGAAAGAGUGCCGAGGCCAAGAGAGGAGACUUGGCGAGAUUUAUCACUGAAGGAAACUGAACAUCAGUCAAGUUCGGCGAGGUGA